UAAACCCCGGUGCCCUACCAUUGCCUCCUCCCCUGUGAACUUUACAUUUAUAUAUGAGCUGCAACUCUCAAUGUGUCAAUCAUUUGGCCAGCUGUCACCUCCUGAGAGAUUUCACAUUUAACAUAGACAAUGUCUUUUGACAAAAAAACCAUCCUAAAAGCAACUGAUCUUAACUGGUCUACUGAUUUCAACUACAGUUAUGAUUAUAACUAUUCUGGUGGUGAUGUGUGUGGUCCAGAGUCCAGCAUGCACUUUGAUUCCAUUUUUAUUCCAGUCCUUUACACUGUGGCGCUGAUAGUGGGGCUGUUGGGAAAUGGUCUGGUGCUUGUAGUGCUGUGGAGGAAAAGGAGGAGCUGGAAUGUCACAGACAUCUUCAUUCUUCAUCUGAGUUUAGCUGAUGUUCUGUUGCUGCUGACACUGCCACUGUGGGCAGUAGAGGCGGUGAGAGGAUGGAGCUUUGGCACGGGACUCUGCAAACUCACAGGAGCUCUGUUCAGGAUCAAUUUCUACUGUGGAAUUUUCAUGCUGGCCUGCAUCAGUUUUGACCGCUACCUGUCUAUCGUCCACGCAGUGCAGAUGUAUUCUCGUAAGAAGCCUAUGGUGAUACAUUGUUGCUGUCUGACCGUCUGGCUGUUCUGCCUACUGCUCUCCAUUCCUGACUGGAUAUUCCUCAAGGACACCAUGAACUCUAGACUUGAUGAUAAAACAGAAUGUUUAAUACCUAAUCCUCAAAUGCGCCUGGCCACUCAUGUGUUCUAUCAUGUGGUGGGCUUUGCUCUGCCCGCAGCAAUGCUUUUGUUCUGUUACACUCGUAUCCUGCUGCGGUUGAAGCGUGGCUCCCAGUGCGUUCAGAAGAAGCGGGCCAUGCAUGUCAUCGUAGCCCUGGUACUGGCCUUCUUUAUCAGUUGGACACCAUAUAACAUCACCCUCAUGGUUGACACCGUCCACAAUUUAAAUGACAAUAUCUCUAACCAAACAUCCUGUGCCGGCCGAACAGCAUUGGAUGUAGCACUCACAGCUACUUCAACCUUGGCCUACUUACACUGCUGUGUCAACCCAGUGCUUUAUGCUUUUGUGGGGGUGAAAUUUCGGCAGCAGGUGCUGGACAUGCUGAGGCCACUUGGAAUUUCAAUCAAGCGCCCAGCAGGGCUGAUGUCACGGAGGAGCUCGGCAUGGUCCGAGUCGGUGGACACCUCACAUACUUCUGCUUUCUGAAGCUUUCAAAUCUGCCAACAGACUGGAAUAUUUACAUUGCUUCUUUUUCUCCAAAGUUUCUCUGUUGUACUAGUUUUACGUCAGAGGUGUAAGAUUUUAAGAACAGAAACCUUAACUAAUGGCUUUGCUGUAUAGUUUAAAGACUGCAAUACUAUGUCAAAUAUUUUGUUUUAACUUUUCAUUGCACAAGUGGAAGCUAAUAGUUUUAUUUUUACAAAAAAUCCACUCUUAGACAUAUGGUGUUAAUGACCUCACUUUUCUUAUGAUGUCAUGGAUGUUUUCUAUUUUACUGCAUGUGUCAUCUUUUUGACUGUAUGUGUUUAAAUAAGAUUUAUUUUGGUAUGAGUAGGCCUGCGACUGUAUCUAUUUUUAGUUGCUUUAGCAUAAUUCUUUUAUACAUGUUGUCUUGUGAUUUCUUGUACAUAGCUACAAAAAGAGAAGUUUUCCUUUUAUAUGGUACAUUCACGAAACCAAUAAAAGUUUCAGUUUUUUUU